GCGCUCAGAGGGACCAUACAUUGCAAUCGUUUCGGAAGGGUGGAGGCUCCGGCACGCUGCGUCGUCGGAUAUUCACAACGAGUUCUCGGGUGCCACCCACGCUCUACAGGCCGCCUGUAUUCCAAUAUUCCAAUGUAUUCUCAGAAGAGUGAACCUCGAGAGGGCAUUUAAUGCUAGUUGAUGCGCGUGCCAUUCUGUUGUAAGUGUCAGGGGCUACAUGCCUAUGUUUUUCCGGGGAUUCGCACAGUCGGCGUCUUCGUGCUGUAGUGGCAUGGCGAUUCCGUAGCCAUGAUGGCUUUGGCUGCGUCUCUGGAUGUGCUGCUUCCCCCUGCAGGGCGGUUCGCACGUCGUGGGGUUUCGUUCUCGCUGCGCCGCUCGUCGCCAUGGCGCGACCAUGUGAGCGCUCGGCAAUGGGGCACAUUGAUGAGGUGAUCAACGCGCUGCCUUGGUCGUGCGAGAACAAGCUCAGGCUGCGCGCUGACGUGGAACGCAUCUUGGAAGUGGCGCCCGCGUUGGCCUCUGGGGCGAAGAUGAUCGGAGGCACCGGGGGAACGGAGGCAGAGUUUUACCUGAGCGGAGUCUUGCGCAUCCAUUACCAAGGCGGCGUCUACCAUGUACCUGUCGGCAUGUCGUUCGGCUCGUUGUACCCAGGAGUUCCGCCGCGCUGUUUCGUGGCGCCAUCGGGGGCUAUGGGCUUGGUGCAGUUGCAUCCGGGCGUCGAUGCGGACGGCAGGAUCUCGGUGCCGCACCUGACGGGGUGGAGCGAGAAUUCGCGAAUCACGGAUUUGAUUGCCGGCAUGGCGACAGUUUUCUCGGAUAAUCUUCCAGUGUAUAUGAGGCGUCCGCAUGGUCCGGCUCUCGGCGACGCGCGCAAGCGGGUAUGGCGAGUGGGGGGGGCUUCCCAGCAACAUGUUUAUGUUAUGGCGGGGUUGCUGGUUCCAGUAUGAGCUCCCCGAUAGAGAUGGUUCUGAGCGAUCCCCCCGUCAUAAACAACAAAUGAUCAAUCACCCUCAGAAGCGCUGAGGAGCCCCUGCGCUUCCCUCGGACAAGUCGCCUUCGCCCCAACGCUCUCUUUUGCGGCAGCCGCUGGGUGAGGGAAUCAGUCCUUGCUUCCCGCGGCCUGGCAUUGGCCAGGCAACGCCGCUGCCUUGCACACCGCCACCCAGAGCCAAUGUGAACCCGGGUUUGUCACUCUACAGGAUGCAUGUUCAAACAUAAUUUUUGUUUUACUAUGUUUCACUAUUCGCCCAGAAUCCCUCUGUAGGUGGACAUGCCCGACCUAAAGCUAAUAUCUGCUCUGGAAGGUCAGUAUGUCUGCAUCCGACUCCCUCCCCUUCCCUGCUCUCCUCCCCAACCUCUUUCUGCCAGCUCUGGCCCGUGUGGUCACGACGGUCUUCAGCACCCCCGGGCGUUGUGCUGUUUUGAGCAGUGGCGCCGCCGAGCGAGAGCAACAGACACAGUUCAAGGGAGCCAGCUCGUUCUCUGCGCUGAAUCCAGGAUCUCAGACACUUUUAUCUCACUUC